AGCAGACUUCACUGUCAGUGUCUUGUGCACGUCUGACCAUGUCUAAGAGUACAAACCACGAUGGCUGAAUUCUGAUUUAUUUUCCACCGUGGAACAAAGAUUCUUACACUGAGUGGACACACCAGUCUAUUUCCUCUCCAGACAAAAGGCGCAGACGACAGACGAUUCCUCUGAGACACUUGGUCCUGCUGAGGGGAGAGCACUGUCAACCAUGUCUGAUAAACAGCCGUCUGCUCCACAACAGGGAAAGCCCCGGAAAAGAGGAGAUGGAGGAGAAAUUUCUAGAGGCGGUGGCAGGGUCAAAGUUCACCUGCACGCCGUGACCGAUGAACAGGCCGCGCUACUGAGGGAUACAGUGAAUGCGCGUCCACUGGAGGAGGUCAAGAAGAAGACAGGCGCUGAGUUACACUUUGACCCCAACCCCUCACCUGUACCAGGUAUGAAGAUUCUCAUCAUCCGCGGUGUCCCAUCUCAGAUCGAGGCAGUCAUCAGGUUCAUCAGACAGAUGACUGGUAGUCAGGCAACACUCGCAGAAGAAGUUCAGACAUUCUGGCUCCAGUGGGUUGAGGCCGCGUUCCCUGACCUCGAGUCUCGCGCCUACUUCCUGCCUCCUGUGUAUUUUAACCAGGUGCCGAUGAUCAGACUAAAAGUUGCUUGUCAGGAUGUUCAGGUACUACCAUCAGAACCUGAAAAGGGAGGUAUGUUGAAGCGUCUUGUAGAUUGGUUUGUAUCUUUACGGACGUCAGGCAAGACACACGAAAAGUGCGAUGAAGACGGUUUACAUUUAAACGAGCGAGUGGCAAAUCCACCAGCAAUUGUUGAGGAUUCUAUUUCUCAACCUGUUGCUGUCCAGGACAGUGAUAUCAGACAUGACGCGGCCAUGGGGCAAGUUCUCUUUUGUCUUCAAAACUUGUCAGAAAAGACAGGAGAAGUGUUAGUUGGAAUCACUCGACUCCACUUCGGACAAUAUCUCAGUGAACCUUGUUUUUCUGUGGCGGCUGCCCAGUUACCCCGAGCCUCCAGCCUGCCUCCUGACUUGCCACAGAACUGGAAACAGGGAAAAUUUGAUGUGCUUCUUAUUCAUCGACAUUACGGUCUUGUCGUCUGCAAUGUGAUGUCUUUUGGUGACAUCACAAACGACCUUAAAAUGUCACAGGAGGAUGUUGAUAAAAAUAUCAGGAAGAAGCUGAGAGACGCCGUGUCACAGCUGGACAAGGCGGAGGCCAUGUUGUCUCACCUGGUGUCUGAUGUCUGUCCCGGUCUGCGCAUCACUAAGACCAUUGCCUUCCCUAACCUCACGACUGACCAGGUACAGCAGGCCAUCUCUCAUGACUCACAGCUCACUGAGGACCUGCGUUGGUGUCUAAAAACAACUGACCCCGCCGACAUCACCGGUGUGUGUCUGUGCUGUGAUCACCUGUCUGACCCCAAGACCCCGUGGCAAGUCAAUAGUCACGUGUUAAAGAAACUCGGCGAAUGGUGGACACGAUGUGUGGCUGUGUCUGGACCUGAAAGUCACAUGACACGUCACGUGUACAGGACACUAGUAGCACGGUAAGAUACACUGUGUACAAUGAGUAUCACAACAUAAACUAACACUGUACGAGUGUUGACGUGUAAAUAACAUUUGAUAUCAAAUGCACGUGUGGUGACAGUCAGUGGAAGACUGACAUUGAUAUUGAGAUGACAAGAUGUCAGGUCUACUGUCAUCACAUCCUCCCACAACCUCCUCCAUCUCACCUUCAUCGUCACUAAACACUCUUGAGCUUUGAGCCACUCACCCGUUGUUUAUGAUGUUUAUUUAUUAAGUAGCU